UCUGUCUGUCACUCUCGUCUCUCUAUAAAGCGGCAACGGUCAGGCAGCUAUCGCGCGCGUGUCCGUACCGGGAUCCUACAGUGUUGAUACGAGGAGACGCGGCUGUAUUUAUGGCAACUUAGAGACGCAUGCCUUUUUCUUUAACAUUUUCGUUGUUGUCAUUUACGGACAUUUGUCGCGUUAAAAUAUAAACAUUUCUGAAGUCCAAACCCCCAAAGCACACCUGUUUUUAUUUGUCAAGCUCAUAUUCUGACAUUUUAAAGCGCUAUUUCUUCAACUGGUGUGUAGUAUUUUAUGAUAUAUGUAGCUAUAUUAGUAGUUCUAUGCCAGCUGGGGUUAAUUUGAUGCUCACCCCAUAGCCUUAUCAUAUAAGCGGAUAGUUUAAAGAUAAAUUACAUUUUAAUGUCAUCAGCACAAUAGAAAAACUUUUUUAGUCCUUUACGUGUAACUUUAUUGUAAGGCUUUAUUUUGCAUUUGCGACGUAAAGACACGCAACAGACAUGGUGAUAAACAUUGUCGUGGAGUUUUUCCUGGUCAUGUUGAAAGUCCUCUGGGCUAUCAUGAUGGCCGGACUCAAGUUGCUCAUACGGCCGAAAGAGAAGAGCGUAGCGGGACAGGUGUGCCUUAUCACCGGGGCUGGCGGCGGACUCGGGCGGCUCUUCGCGAAGGAGUUCGCCCGGCGCCGGGCAACAUUGGUGCUGUGGGACAUCAACAGUCAGAGCAACGAGGAAACUGCGGAGAUGGUGCGACAGAUCUACAGAGAGGAAGACACCCCGAUGUCAAAAGAGGGAGCUGUUGGCGGUGUGGAAGAGGUCCCUCCUUUUCAGCCACAGGUGUACACAUAUGUGGUUGAUGUGGGCAAGAGGGAAAGCGUGUACUCCACAGCGGUGAAAGUGCGCAGGGAAGUCGGUGAAGUGGACUUGUUGAUCAACAAUGCUGGUGUUGUGUCUGGCCACCACCUGCUUGAGUGCCCCGAUGAACUGAUCGAGCGGACGAUGGUGGUGAACUGCCAUGCACACUUCUGGACCACCAAGGCAUUUCUUCCCAAGAUGCUAGAGAUGAACCAUGGCCACAUUGUGACAGUUGCCAGUUCGCUGGGCCUAUUCAGCACAGCUGGUGUGGAGGAUUACUGCGCUAGCAAGUUCGGUGCCAUCGGCUUCCACGAGUCCCUUAGUCAUGAAAUCAAGGCUUCAGAGAAGGACGGUAUCCACAUGACACUGGUGUGUCCUUACCUGGUGGACACGGGCAUGUUCAAAGGAUGUAGAAUAAGGAAAGAGAUCGAGCCCUUUCUCCCUCCAUUGAGGCCAGAGUUCUGCGUAAAACAAGCCAUGAGGGCCAUUCUGACGGAUCAGCCCAUGAUCUGCACACCUCGCAUUGUAUACAUGGUCAACUUUAUGAAAAGCAUUUUGCCCUUCGAAGCGAUUGUGUGCAUGUACCGGUUUCUGGGGGCAGAUAAGUGCAUGUACCCCUUCCUGGCUCAGAGGAAGGAGGCAAUGAACAACAACGAGGCCAAGAAUGGGAUCUAGAGGGUGCUGUUUCCAAGUUCCACAUAGGGCUUGAAAUUGAUAACCCCGCAAAAGGAUGAGACCACUGAGAGGGAAGACUGUAGAGAAAAAGACUGAGUUUAGACUGGUGCACUUGCAUUCGGCAGAUGCAAAGGUUUACCAUAUUGUUCCUCUGGAACAAAGAAAGCUGUGUACUACACUAAGGAUUUAUUUGUCAUUUUUUUGUUUUGUGUUUUCAAUGGUUUGUUUAUAGAAACCAUCCAUCUAUAUACUGUGUCAAUAGUUUUGAAAUCAUACAUGAGAUAUUCAGUAAUUAACUAUUUACGUAAUGUAGUCACGAGCAUUAUCUAGUGUCUUUGUGAAACUAUACAGUAUGUUACUGUACGAACAGUAAAACCUUGUCACUUUUUUAUUUUUUGUGUGUAGACAUGCACUGUAUUUACUUUUCUCUACACUGCCAACAUUAUCACACUGUUCAAUGUGGUACUGCGCCACUACAAAUUAUGUAUCGAAAGGGCCCAGUGAUAAUUCAUGUGGUGAUAACUGAAAGUCUGGUAAAUUGCAAAUGCUUCAGAAUAUGCCAAUUUAUGCUGACAAAGUUUGAGAUGGAAUGAAUGCUUGUUAACAUUGUUUCCCCCUUUUUGUUUUUUUUGGUGUGCGCGCAACACUUUUUGGGUGAGAGGGAGCACAGAUUUUACUCUAAAUUAAGAAUGUCCUCUUCAGCAAUAUCUACAAACAGAUUGGUGGUAUUCAGUAUAUGUGAAUGCACAAAAGACAGCAAUGGAUUUCUUAAGCACUACAGAAAAUAACCUUUCAUUGAACACUACAUUUAGUUUGUGAUCCAUUUUGGUUUCUUGCAUUAAUUACAACUUGUGGUCUUAGAUCUGGCAAAUUACCCAAAUCCAAACUGUAACAAAAUGUCUAUCACAAUCUGACAUGUUGUAUUGAUAGUGUCAGAUGAGCUCUCGAUGUACACCUUAUUGUCCUGUUUAAAUGUUUAUCCAUUUUGUUGUAUGCAAACCUGGACCAUUGAAAUUACUUUUCACUGAUAGAUAUUUUAAUAUUUUGUAUGUUUGGGGAGAAAGGACAAAAAACAA